CCCAGAGACCCAGCGUCUGGCCCAGACACAGGCCACUCCAAAGCGCACGCACAGCUUUGGCUCCCUCCAACCCUCGCCCGCAUCCAACCCCAGGCUCCGAACCUCGACGCUCCAGGAGAUCGAGUGCCCCCUCGCACACCGGGCCACGGACACGGAAUUCGUCCUUUGCGGAUCUCGCUGCUCUGCCCGUUGACUGCGCUUGUGGUUGGCCUUGCACGAGUUCGCGUGAUAUACGCGGCCCCUUGGCCCUCUCUACCCUCUAUCCUUUCGCAUACCUUCCUCGCCAAGCUCGUUGCGCGAAGUCGACGCACCAUCACUUACAACCAUGGCGUGGCAGCCCGCCCCCGAGUCCCUAAGGCAGCUCGCUGCCUGUCUCAAGGACUCCCUCAGCGGCUUCGACAAGAAUGCCCAGAAGCAGGCGGAAGUGAUGCUCGAGCAGGCCAAGUCCUCCCCCGACAUCAAUAAUUAUCUCGCCUACAUCUUCUCCAGCUCCCAGGUGCCCGAUGGCCUGCAAUGCGGCGAGCAAGAUUAUCACCUCGUGCGCUCUGCCGCCGGUAUCAUGCUCAAGAACAAUGUCAAGGCGGAGUGGAAGUCCAUCCCCGAGUCGAGCCUGCAGCUUGUCAAGCUCGCCGUCCCCCACGCCCUGCAGGACAAGAACGCGCAGAUCAGGGGCUUUGCCGGAAAUAUUGCGACCGAGGUUAUCAAGAAGGGCGGCCUGCUAGGCUGGCCUGACCUUCUCCCUCAGCUCCUCGACAUGAUUGGAAAUGCCAACGGCAAUGUCUCAAGCGAAGGCCAAGAAGGCGCCAUGUCGGCCAUGGCCAAGAUUUGCGAAGACAACGCCCGCAUGCUAAUGCGCGAGGUCAAUGGCCAGCGACCUCUCAACUAUGUCCUACCCCAGUUCAUCGCCGCAACCAAGAGCCCGCUGCCCAAGGUCCGAGUGGGGGCGCUUACGGCCAUUAACGUCUUUACGCCUCGCGAAUCGCAGGCCAUGCUUAACUCCGUCGAUGACCUCUUGCAGCACCUCUUUGUCCUUGCUAGCGACGAGAGCAUCGAUGUUCGACGCCAAGUCUGCCGCUCUUUUGUUCAUCUCAUCGAGACUCGCCCGGACAAGCUCCAGCCCCACAUUAGUGGUCUGGUCGACUACAUCAUCUCGCAGCAGAGAAGCGAAGACGAGGACCUCGCUUGCGAGGCUGCCGAGUUUUGGCUUGCCGUUGGUGAGCACGAGAACCUGUGGAAGGCUUUGCAACCCUAUCUCGGCAAGAUCAUCCCGGUCUUGCUGGAGUGCAUGGUAUAUAGCGGCGAGGACAUUGCGCUCUUGGGUGGCGACUCGGACGAUGAGGAGGAAGAGGAUCGCCCCGAAGACAUCAUGCCCGCGUUCGCGAAGAAGACCCUCACGAGGGCCAUCAACGGUGAGGGAACAGGCGGCGGAGACCUUUCCAAAGGUAGCGACACCGGCUACACAAAGACUACCGGUAUGGAGGACGAUGAUUUUGAGGAGGGCGAGAUCGACGACGACGAUUUCGAUGACGGUGACGACGCCAAUCCUGACGAACGAUGGACCGUGCGCAAAUGCUCGGCUGCGGCUCUCGAUGUCUUCGCCCGUGACUUUCGUGGCGCCGUGUUUGAAGCAAUUUUUCCCUACUUGUCGCAGAACCUCAAGCACAGCGAAUGGCCCCAGCGCGAGGCAGCUGUUCUCGCUCUGGGCGCUGUGGCGGAGGGAGCCAUGGACGUCGUGGUCCCUCAUCUUCCCGAGCUCAUUCCGUAUCUCAUUUCCCUUCUCGAAGACAGCGAGCCGCUCGUCAGGCAAAUCACCUGCUGGACCCUAGGACGAUAUUCGGCGUGGGCAGCGAACUUGGAGGAUCCGGCCCAGAAGGAGCAGUAUUUUGUGCCCCUGAUGGACGGCAUCCUGCGCAAGAUGCUGGACAAGAACAAGAAGGUGCAAGAAGCCGGCGCCUCUGCGUUUGCCAAUCUCGAGGAGAAGGCUGGUAAGCAUCUUGAGCCAUACUGCGGCCCCAUCAUCCAUCAGUUCGUUCUCUGCUUCCAGAAGUACAAGGACCGCAACAUGUACAUUCUGUACGACUGCGUGCAGACGCUCGCUGAGCGCAUCGGCCCUCUGCUGGCGACCCCCGAGCUGGCUGAGAAGUUGAUGCCCGCUCUGAUAAGACGUUACAACAUCAUUUCGGACAUAUCUCGCGAGGUCUUCCCGCUGUUGGAGUGCCUUUCGUACGUCGCUUUGGCCUUGGGUCACGCAUUUACCCCGUACGCAGCGCCAAUCUUUAUGCGAUGCGUCGAUAUUAUCCAUGCGAACCUGGAGCAGGGCAUGGCCGCCGCCACCAACUCCGCCUUCGAGCAGCCCGACAAGGACUUUCUCAUCACCAGUCUGGACCUGAUGAGCGCCAUUGUUCAAGCUCUGGAAGGUGAAAAGUCUGCCGAGCUAGUCAAGGGCUCUCCUCAGCCUUUCUUUGAGCUCCUCAGCUUCUGCAUGGAAGACCCGACAGAUGAAGUGCGACAAUCGGCGUACGCGCUCCUCGGAGACUGCGCCAAGUACGUGUUUCCCCAACUGCAGCCUCAUCUCUCGGCCAUGGUUCCGAUUCUGCUCAAACAGCUCGACAUGGACAACGUUUUGGAUGAGGAGAUGGACAGCGGCUUUGGCGUUGUCAACAAUGCCUGUUGGUCGGCCGGCGAGGUCGCCAUGCAGCACGGCAAGGGCAUGGGACAAUGGGUUCCGGAGCUUCUGCAACGGUUCGUCGAGGUCAUGACAAACCCCCGAGUGCCUAAGGGUCUCACGGAGAACGCCGCCAUCGCCCUCGGCCGACUUGGCCUGCACAAUUCGGAGCUUCUGGCGCCUGCGCUACCGACUUUUGCGGAAGACUUCCUGAGCGCCAUGCAGGAAGUCGACCCGUCCGAGGAAAAGGCUACGGCUUUGAAAGGCUUCUCCAUGAUCGUGGGUCAAAACCCGCACGCCAUGGAGAAGGUCUUGCUGGAUUACUUUGCUGCCAUUGCACAGUACCAGGACAUGAAUCUGCGGAGCCCAACCAAGCAGGAGCUUCACGAGGUGUUCCAGAACGUCCUCAACGUGUACAAGCAAAUGAUCCCUCAGUUCAAUGAAUUUAUUGGCCAGAUGCGACCGCAGGACCAGCAGAGCCUGAAGGCGAGCUACGCCAUCUGAGGGGAUUUGGACGCAUCACAUGUCACGUCGAUACCGCCCACUUACGCGGAAAUAUCAUUAGUGGUUGGGACCAUUACUCUGAAAAGCGUUUCUUUGCGGGCGUGGGAUAGACUCUUCUAUGUACAUGGCUUUUUGCGGAGGAGAUUGGGGGGAGAGGUCGCGCAAGGCCAGUCCGGCGACAUUGCUUGCUAGCUGCAUUGCUGUUGGGAGGAAAAUACGAGGCAUGACUUGAGAAUCACGAUGGCCGGGGAAUGUUCAAGUGGAGCGAUAUACCAGGCAUGACGGUAGGACCGCGUGGCGAUUGAUCUCGUUUCGGCUGUAGACAACGCAGCCAGUAGAUAGUUUUUUUUUUCUGUCCGCGUGGACAACCAUAGAUAGGCGUCAUGCUGGGAAGAGUUCUUCGAGCCAUGCGUUGUGGCUGACGCGUGACUUCACUUUCGCGAUUAUGCGCGCGCGUGCGCUAAAUGAGCACGCAUUUUCGCGAGUUUCACAAUAAUUACUG